AUGAGGUGCUCUUACGCAGCUAGUGAGGCUGUCAGGGCAGCAGGAUGGGGGACGUUGUCGAGUGUGGCGGUGCCAUUUGCGGUGAACGGUCACUGGGUGGACAUGGUUGAGACGUUUCAGCCGUUGUUGGAUGCGGGCGACCGGUACGUGUUCGGCAGAGACGGUCUGAAUAUUGCGUUCUUUGACGGACUGCAGUUACUGGAGGACCUGCCAGACAUGACGGUGGGCUCCUUCGACAUGAAGCCAGUGGAGAUCAUCUCCCCUGAAGAGUUGAAACGUGCAAUGUUGUCGGAAGCACCUAUCGAGCGCGAGAUGUUCAGAGCUGUGGCUGACUGUUUGUUCUCGAUCCAACCUCUUGUGACACGCUACCCCGAAUCGUGCGGCGUGGACGACAACUUGCGGACCCGACUGAAACAGUGGGUGGCUCAUGUCAACCACCUUCUAGAACCGAAUAAGUGGAGACUGUAUCAUGCAGCCUCUGAGGUAUGUAAACUAAAGAAAAUGCACUUCGACUUGUUAGCCAUCGUUCGAAUCCCAUUGGUAAACUUUCAGACGGAGUCAAUUGACACCUUUACCUUUCCCGUUCACCAGCCGUGCAAUGCCGACCAAGUUAGACGUAACGCUAUACAACUCGCAGAAAAAGCGCUGCGAGAAGCACCACUGGAUCAAGUGUUGAGCUUGAUACUAGCAAGCCACAACGGCAACAUACUCGUCCUGAGAGAUCCGGAACUCGAACCACCUGACUCGUUCAAUCACGACUACAUUAAAAUGUUUGAGGAAGAGUCUGAAGCUUGA